AUGGGCGCCCGCAGAAGCGCAUCUAAUUUUGGGAUACAGAAGACGAGCAUGGUCUGGGUGAGCGGCGAGUGGCUGGCGCGCGCGAAGACGGGAGGUGAGAAGGUGCGAGCAAUCCUGAUUGGGAAUGCAGACCUGUCGAGCCACCGGCCAAUGACGACGGCAGACGCUCGGCGGGCGCUUAGCAGAGUCCUCGAUUGGACGGCUGACCACUCGACCAAGCUCCGUCGCCGAGUUGAACAGGUCUCUGAGUUGGCCUCGCGGAGCAGAAACUAUUGA